CCAGUGAUGGACUGAUUCCCUCUCGUAACCCCUCACUGACUGCAGCACAAGGAGUCACGAGAGGGGAUCAAUACCUCCAAUUUAUAGAUCUGAUUGCUAGGGUAAGUAGAUGUAUGUCUUGAAUCAUGUAGCCAGCUGCAUGUUUGCAGGUGAACCUUAAAUUCUUCCAGCAGGUACAGUACAGACUGAGAUCCCUAGGCUGCCGCACAGACUGAGGAUCCAGGGCGCUGGUUUCAUAAACCCGAGAUCCCAUGGCACCAGUUCCGGGCCCCCAGACUCUGGAUCAGCCGCUUAGGGAGCCGGACUUUUGUCUCCGGCUGCAGUUUUCCGGCGGAUCGGUGUACAGCGGGCGCCGGCGUUGCCCCGGGUCAGCGUGGCGGAUGAGCCGGUCGCUGCGCCGAGUCGUGUGCGCUGUGUCCGGCGGCGUGGACAGCGCCGUCGCGGCGCUCCUGCUUCGGCGGAGAGGUUACCAAGUGACGGGUGUCUUUAUGAAAAACUGGGACUUGGUGGAUGAACAUGGCACUUGUACAAGUGAUCAGGACUGUAAAGAUGCACACCGACUGUGUAAGAUGCUUGACAUCCCCUUCUAUCAGGUUUCAUUUGUGAAAGAGUAUUGGCAUGAAGUCUUCAGUAAUUUAAUAAAGGAGUAUGAAAUGGGGAGGACACCAAACCCUGAUAUAAUGUGCAAUAAAAACAUUAAAUUUAAAUAUCUAUUGCAUUUUGCCAUGGAAAUGCUGGUUGUACUAUUCACGAUACUUCCUUGUCAAGAACUGGCAGAGGUAGGGGCAGAUGCGAUGGCAACUGGUCAUUAUGCCAGAACAUCACAAGGUGAUGAAGACAUUUUCCUGCAAAAAUUCAGUGGAAAUACGGAAGAUAUUUAUCACAACCAUGAUAAAAAUCCUGUAAGACUUUUGAAGGCUGCUGACCCACAGAAAGACCAAACUUUCUUUCUGAGCCAGGUAUCCCAACAAGCUCUACGACAUACCAUCUUCCCCCUUGGUGAAUUAAGGAAAAAUAUUGUAAAGGAAAUUGCAGCAGAGGCAGGAUUUCACCAUAUAUUGAAAAGAAGAGAAAGCAUGGGAAUCUGUUUCAUAGGAGAAAGAAAUUUUGAAAAUUUUAUUCUUGAGUAUAUAGAACCUCGUCCUGGAAAUUUUGUUUCUAUAGAAGAUGGAAAAAUAAUGGGAACACAUAAAGGUUGGUUUCUGUUCACUUUGGGACAGCGUGCCAGGAUAGGCGGUCAAAGAGAUGCUUGGUUUGUCACAGAUAAAGAAAUUAAAACUGGCGAUGUGUUUGUGGCACCAGGUACCUAUCACCCAGCUUUGUACAGGAACUCACUUGAAAUUGAUCCUGUUCAUUGGAUUUCUGAAAGCCCACCUCUGGAACUGCUCAGGGAUGGAGUGAUGCAAUGCUCUUUUCGCUUCCAGCAUCAAAUGCCUCUUGUACAGUGUCAAUUAACCCUAAAUCCAGAUCUUACAGUUUUGGUGACUCUUGCUGAACCAAUCAGAGCAGCAACACCAGGACAAUUUGCUGUGCUCUACAAGGAUGAAGAAUGUCUUGGCAGUGGUAAAAUAAUGAAGCUGGGCCCUUCCAUGUACACACAAGAGGCAAGCCAGGGUAAAAUUGGCAGAUGUCUGAAGACUGGUAUUACCUGUUAAAGAGCCUGUGAUAUAACCGGUCAGUCAGCUUUGUCAGAGGCUGUGAACCAGCAGAACCAAAACGAAUAAUCAUCCAUCUGUAAAGAGACUGGAAUCCAAAUGAAUGAAGAUCACAUCUCUCUUCCUUUCCUUAAACCUUAUAUUCAAAUAUACUGGCUUUUGAGAUCCGGCCUUUUUUUUGGAGUCAUAGGUUAAUUUUCAAAUUCUAAAAUAGUUUCCCGUCAUGAUUUUUUCUAAUAAGUAUUCGAUCAAUUGUAUUUUGUAAUUUGUUUUACAAUACCUGCAGUUAUUGCAACUUAAUUGCCAUUUAAAAAAUAAUGAUACUUUAAUACUAAAGUCAAUGAAUUUUAUGUAAUUUAUUAAAUAGGAACAACCUUUUCAGAAAAGUAAAAAUUGUUUAAUAAACUGAAAAAAGUUACUUAAUGACUUUGGAGGUUGACUAGAGAUUAAAGAUCAAAGAUUCAAAGUACAUUUAUUAUCAAAGUAUGUAUGCAGUAUCCAACCUGAGAUUUGUCUUCCCACAGACAGCCAUGAAACAUCACGGAGCUUGUUCAAAGAAAACACCAAACACCCUCAAAAAAGAACGAAUUCUGCAAACGUUAAUAAACAAAUGAAUAGCACACAGGAUAUUAGACAUCAAACUGCAGAGUCCUUGAAACAGUUUAGAACAGUUAGUAUCAGUUAUUUCAAUGGAAUAUCAGAGUUUCUGGAAGGGCAUAACAGAUAAAGGAUUAUUAUUUUAUGUCAACUCUUCAUUGGUACAACUAAUAGUGACCUAAUUUUAGCACACCCAGAAAAUGUGUUUAAAUGACAGCUUUGCACAUGCGUCUGAUGUAAAAGUCAUAUCAUGGACACAGGCGUGGUUCAAGCUUGGAGGUUCACUUUGAAAUUCUGUAGUGACACAAAAUGACCGGAAAGUGACGGACAUUGCUUUUCUCUCCUGGAAGAAAAAUAGAUGUUCAAUCUCAUAAGACUUUUAAUACUGCUUAAUACCUAGGCUAUUACAACGUGCGUGUCCCCAGUGAGCAUAGUCAAAUAUUUUAAGAAAAUAGCCGAGGCAAAAUAAUUUCAAAAGGAAGCAAGCGAUCCAGUGAUUUGGCAUCAGAGGGAUGGUCUGAUGGAACAUGGAGUUAAAUGUGUUGAAAGAAUAAGUAAAUUUAGGAAGGACAACAAAAUUCUAGGGGCGUAUAGCCUGAUGGGAGUUCGGGGAGCUGGGUUAAUCACAAUAGGCAGCGAUUCAAACAGAGAGAGGAGAAAUGGGUUAAAAAUUCUAUAUCUGAAUGCACGAAGUGUCAGAAAUAAGGCAUAUGAGCUUGAAGCCCAGGCGCGAAUGGGUAACUAUGAUGUUGUUGGGAUAACGGAGACAUGGCUGCAGGGAGAUCAGACUCUGGGAAAUGAAUGUACAAGGGUAUACGUGCUAUCGUAGGGACAGAAAUGUGGGCAGAGGGGGUGGGGUGGCCCUGUUGGUGAGGAAUGAGAUUUAGUCCUUUGCAAGGGGGGACAUAGGGUCAGGAGAAGUAGAAUCUGUGUGGAUAGAGCUGAGGAAUAAUAAGGGCAAAAGGACCCAAAUGGGUGUUGUCUACAGGCCACCAAACAGUAGCAUGGAUAUUGGGUGCAAGUUGAAUAGGGAGUUAACAUUGGCAUGUGGCAAAGGUAAUGUCGCAGUAGUUAUGGGGGAUUUCAACAUGCAGGUGAACUGGGAGAAUCAGGUUGGUGCUGGACCACAGGAUAGGGAGUUUGUAGAGUGCCUACAGGAUGCAUUCUUGGAACAGCUUGUACGAGAGCCGACCAGGGACAAGACUAUUCUGGAUUUAGUGUUAUGUAAUGAACAGGAUUUGAUAAGCGAUCUCGCAGUCAAGGAGCCGUUAGGAGGUAGUGAUCACAAUAUGAUAAGCUUUUACCUGCAAUUUGAGAAGGAUAAGGGCAGCUCGGAGGUGUCAGUGUUGCAGAUGAACAGGGGAAACUUUGGAGCCAUGAGGGAGGAGCUGGCCAAAGUUGACUGGACGGAUAGCCUAGCAGAAAAGACAGUGGAACAGCAAUGGCAGGUAUUCUUGGGAAUAAUGCACAAGGUGCAAAAUCAGUUCAUCCCCCAGAGAAGGAAGGAUUCAAAGGGGGGAAAGGGGCCACAGUGGUUGACAAAGGAAGUCAGAGAUUGCCUAGCAUUAAAAAAAAGGAAAUAUGAUAAAGCUAAGGUGAGUGGGAGGACAGAUGGUUGGGAAGUUUUUAAGGAACAACAGAACUUAACUAAAAAGACAAUAUGGGGAGAAAAAAUGAGGUACGAACGCAAGCUAGCCAGGAAUAUAAAGGAAGAUAGCAAAAGCUUUUUUAGGUAUGUGAAGAGAAAGAAGAUAGUUAAGAACAAUGUUGGGCCCUUGAAGAAUGAAUUGGGAAACAGAGAAAUGGCAGAAGAAUUUAAUGAGUACUUUAGAUCUGUUUUCACUAAGGAAGACACAAGCAAUCUCCCAGAUGUAUGGAUGGGCCAAGGACAUAGGAUAACAGAUGAAAUGAAACAGAUUGACAUUCGGAAGGAAACGGUGAUGAGAAGACUGAUGGGACUGAAGGCUGACAAAUCCCCAGGUCCAGAUGGUCUGCACCCUAGGGUACUAAAGGAGGUGGCCCUGGAAAUUGCAGAUGCAUUGGUAAUCAUUUUCCAAUGUUCCUUAGAUUCAGGAUCAUUUCCUGAGGAUUGGAGAAUGGCUAAUGUUAUCCCACUUUUUAAAAAAGGAGGGUGGGAGAAAACAGAACUAUCGACCUGUCAGCCUGACAUCAGUGGUGGAAAAGAUGCUAGAGUCCAUUAUUAAGGAUGAAAUAGUGGCAUAUCUAGAUAGCAGUGAUAGGAUUGGGCCAAGCCAGCAUGGAUUUACCAAGGGUAAAUCACGCUUGACUAAUCUGUUGGAGUUUUUCGAGGAUAUAACCAGGAAGUUAGAUGGGGGAGAUCCAGUGGAUGUAGUGUACCUCGAUUUUCAGAAGGCAUUUGAUAAGGUCCCACAUAGAAGAUUGGUGGGUGAACUCAAAGCUCAGGGCAUCGGGGGGAAGGCAUUGACAUGGAUAGAAAACUGGUUGGCAGAUAGAAAGCAAAGGGUAGCGGUGAAUGGGUGUUUCUCGGAAUGGCAGGUGGUGACUAUUGGGGUGCCACAGGGCUCGGUAUUGGGACCACAGCUGUUUACCAUUUACAUUAACGAUUUGGAUAAAGGCAUAAAAAAUAACAUCAGCAAAUUUGCUGAUGAUACUAAGCUGGGUGGCAGUGUGACAUGUGAUGAGGAUGUUAGGAGAAUUCAGGGUGACUUGGAUAGGCUGGCUGAGUGGGCAGAUACUUGGCAGAUGGCGUUUAAUGUGAAUAAGUGUGAGGUUAUCCACUUUGGGAGUAAGAACAGGAAGGCAGAUUAUUAUCUGAACGGUGUAGAGUUGGGUAAGGGAGAAAUACAAAGAGAUCUCGGAGUCCUUGUUCAUCAGUCACUGAAGGUGAAUGAGCAAGUGCAGCAGGCAGUGAAGAAGGCUAAUGGAAUGUUGGCCUUUAUUACAAAGGGAAUUGAGUACAAGAGCAAGGAAAUCCUCUUGCAUUUGUACAGAGCCCUGGUGAGACCACACCUGGAGUAUUGUGUACAGUUUUGGUCUCCAGGGUUAAGGAAGGACAUCCUGGCUGUAGAGGAAGUGCAGCGUAGAUUCACAAGGUUAAUUCCUGGGAUGUCUGGACUGUCUUACGCAGAGAGGUUAGAGAGACUGGGCUUGUAUAUGCUGGAAUUAAGGAGAUUGAGAGGGGAUCUGAUUGAAACAUAUAAGAUUAUUAAGGGAUUGGACAGGAUAGAGGCAGGAAAUAUGUUCUAGACGCUGGGAGAGUCCAGUACCAGAGGGCAUGGUUUGAGAAUAAGGGGUAGGUCAUUUAGGACAGAGUUAAGGAAAAACUUCUUCUCCCAGAGAGUUGUGGGGGUCUGGAAUGCACUGCCUCGGAAGGUAGUGGAGACCAAUUCUCUGGAUGCUUUCAAGAAGGAGCUGGAUAGAUAUCUUAUGGAUGGGGAAUCAAGGGAUGUGGGGACAAGGCAGGAACAGGGUAUUGAUAGUAAUUGAUCAGCCAUGAUCUCAAAAUGGCGGUGCAGGCUUGAAGGGCCGAAUGGUCUACUUCUGCACCUAUUGUCUAUCUUAAUGCUUUUAUAUAUUAACAAUUUUGAUGAACUUUCAUUCAAAAGGUUAAUUCCCUUUUAUGCAGUUUGGUUCUUUUAAAUAUGAAAAUUGAAGUAAAGGGGAUGUUUGAAAGGAGGCUCCUACAGUGCAGUUAUAUGAAAAUUAAUACAAGAAGGCAUUGCCAGGUUCAGUGAGGAGUACAAUUUGUGGUAGUUCUCUGUCCUAAAUUUUCUGAAGCAGAAUAAUUGAGAAUGUGAGAUUUAAGAUUGUUUAUCAUCACUUCCAGAACACAAGUGUAAAGAAGAAUUAUAUAAUUGUUACUCUGGAUCUGAUGCAGCACGAAAAAAACAAUAAAUAUGAAUAUGUAAGAUAGCUUGUAUGACCUUAAAGUAAUGAUACACAAGUAGAAGUAUCCAUAAAUUAUCAUAAUGAUGGGUUUCAACAAUUGCUUACAUGUCGCUUGCUGUUCCUUCAAUUUACUUUCCAUAGAAUUAAUGUUGUAAAGACUGUGAAAAUGAUGCCUGAAUAUUGGUUCAUUGGAGCAACUGAGGGCAGGACACAGUGUAGUCAGAAUGUAGAAGUGUGGGGAAAAUAUAUUGGUGGAGAAAAUUGGUUAGUGAGAUUUGGAAAAGUGUAGCUGAGAAUUUUCAGAUAAUUGCACUGAAGGUUAAGGAGCCAGUUGGCUUUUGAUGUGUGAGUUUCUACUCUGAAUACUCUUAAGAACAGAACAGUUAUUGAUAAGUUGGAAUUGGCGAAGCUUGAGGUCAAUGAGUUUUUGCAAACUUGUCUGGAGCUGCUAAAGGCUGAUAUGAAGAUUUUCACAGCAGUAGGGGUUAAGGUAAGGGGAUUUGAAUCGUUUAAUUGCUUCAUUCUUGUUGAGUGAUCACAGUCACAUGCAGUUUAAAGAUAUAAUUAUCACCUUGUGAAAUGAAUGCGAAUAACAUUGAUAGCUUUUAGGACUGAUCAUCGUACUUUCCUACAAGCCCCAAGAACAAAAAUAUUCAUUCUGCAAGAAUGCCAGAAUAAUGAGAUAAGAGAUGGGUUUUUAAUGGUCCUUUUUUUGAAGAAGCCAUGACAGAUGAGAGAAUAGCAUCCUAAUUAUCUUGUUUCUCCCACAAAUUUCACAUUGAUGAAAUUAGACAAAGAACCUGCUAUUCAAACCUUUAUCCAAUCUGUCAGUGGAUAUUCUCUGAUGACAACUACCUGAACAGUUGUUCCUGUGAGAUAUUUCUUCUGGUACAGAUAAGAUGCAUUUAUGCUCAUGGUUAUAUAAGCUGAUUAAACAUUUCUUGCUUUAACCAAACAAAAUACAUGUAUUUUGUUGUAAAGCAACAGGAAUAUCAUACACAUAAAACCAUUUUUGAAAUGCAGUUUUACUUGUAAAGAACCACAGUUCAUCCUAGUUUAAUACUAAUUUAAUUUACAGUCAAUGAAUAAAUACUAAUAAAGUAUACUUGGUUAUUAAUUUUCAUAACAGAGGGUGAUUUGCAAAGUAUCCAGAUUUUAAAGAGAAGUGAAUUCUGAGGCUAGGGAAUAUCCCUUGCUAAGGUAUAACCAGAGCUAAUUACUAGAAGUGCUGCAUUGGAAACUGACUUUGAUUCUUUCAAAUUGAAAAAUACCUUCCAACCAUUUCAAUGUUAUUAGUAGAUGUCUGUCUUUACCUAGUCGUGCCUUUUGAGGAAACUGCCAGGUCUUUGGUAACUCACUGUAACACAUCUAUUAAGGGUAUUGUAAUGGAGAAAUGCCCUUUUCUGUUCUUACCCCGUCAGUACUCCGCUCCAAGUUAUCACUUGAAGGUGUCUUGUCAGGUUAAUUUCCUGGUUUAAGCCCAUAGCCAUCUUUAGCAGCUUCAUCAAGAACCUUCUAUGCAUUAUAGCCCAGAAGUAGACAUUUCAAACUUUCAGUUCUAUUCGUAGUUGCUUUUAAAGUGAAUCAUUCUGUGCCUGAAAGUAAAAAGAUAUGAAUUAGGUUGGUAAGUGGUAACAAACAUUUGCUUAUUGUUACCUACCAGGCUAAAUGUAGUAAAUGGCCACUCUCCUCACCAUCAACACCAGCAACAUUUGUGCAAUCUGCAAACUUAUUAAUCAUACCUCAACAGUCACAUCAAAGCAGAGAGAAUCCCAGCAGUGAUCUCUGUGGCAUACUGCUAAUUAAAAGCUGCCACUCACUAAAACAGGUUCCCAACCUGGGGUCCACAGACCCCUUGCUUAAUGCUAUUGGUCAAUGGCAUAAAAAAGUUUGGGAACCCCCUACACUAAAGCAACCCUAUGCUAUUGUCCUCUGACUUCUAUUACAAAGCCAAUUUGCUAACUUGUUUUAAUUACCCAAUUCCCAAUUUUAACAAUUUUCCCAAUUUCUUUUCCAAAGACACUGCGUGACUGGCAGUGAGAUUUUCCACCUUUUUGUGUUUUUCUGUCAAAUAAUAACCAACAAAAACUCUUCUUGACAUUAAGUGGCUUUACUAUCACCAAAUCUGUCAUUGUAAACAGCAGAAGACCAUCGUUACUAAGAAACUUUAAUGGACCAGAAGAAUACUUCUGUAUCAAGAGUGGAUCGAUGACCUCCAGAAAAAAACUUCUUGCAAAUCUGAAGGAAAAGCACAUUUACUCUCAGGGCAGGCAGUAUAAGAUGAGGAAGAAACGGGGGCAAUAUUCCAUAUCAUGAACCACAAAUGUGAGGAAACCAAUCCAUGUGUUCUCAUCAAGGGUGAAAAGGAGAUGUUGAGGGCCAUCGGAUGGAGGGAGGAGAGAAACUGUUUCUUUCCAAGCAGCUCUGGUUAAGAGUUCACAAUGUAUAAAGGUACAAGGCAGGAACUUGGUGGCAAAACUCUGAGUUCCACCCACACCCAUGCUCAGUGGCAUCAAAUCCCAAAUAACUUGCUUCAGUGGCAUCUCAAAUGCCACCUACAUAUUCACUUCCUCCACUGUGUAGUGUGUAAUAUCCACAUAAUCCCUGUACAAACAAUUUAUUCACAACUCACAUGCUACAUGGACAUUGUACUACAUGGGAGCACCACAACGCCCAAGUAUCCUUUAUACCAUACAACAUCACCAUUUGUUGCCAUUGGGUGACACUCCUGGUUGUUCACCUGAAUUUAAUGGACAUAAUGCUGGUAUUAUCUUUACAUGAAUUAUCGGUAAUACCCGACCAACAUUGACCUGGUUUUCCGAUGGCGGGACACUCACCUUCUACUGAUCAGUAUUGUCUGUUUUCAGAUUUCCAUCAGAGAAACAUAAAGCAGUACACCACAGGAACAGGCCAUUCAGCCUACAAUGUUGUACUGAACCAGCUAAAAACCAAAUCAAAAAAUACCCAAACACUAAUCCCUCCUAUCUACAGCAUCUUCCUUACAUCCAUCUGCCUAUCCAAAU